AUGAAUGUUAUUCAUUUUUAUAUAAUGCUAUUGCCUAUUCAAUGGUUUAAGGAUAGAGUAACAGAGAUUGAACAUGUUAAAGAGCCAUUUUUAACAUCAAAUUAUAAUACUAAAUUAAUUUCGGCUACAUAUUAA